AGCAAAAAUCCCAUUGUCUUUUCUUUCCCUCCCCUUUUUUAUUAUUUUUUUUUUCUUUAUACUUUUUAUUAUGAGUGAUACAGUCAAGGUAGCUGUGAUUGGGUCUGGUUUAGCAGGACUUUCAGCAGCCUACUUGUUAACCCAAGGCCAUAUCGAGGGAGAUAAAAAGUUUGAAGUCCAUGUGUUUGAAAAGAAUACAGAAUUAGGCAUGGAUGCUGCUUCUAUUUCCGUUGGACCCGAGAAAGAUUUCAGAAUUGAUGUACCUAUGCGUUCCUACAUGUCUGGUUAUUACUCUCAUUUAUCAAAGUUAUACGAGCAUCUCGAUAUUCCAGCUAAAAAAGCCAAUUUCAGUUUUGGUUGGUACAGAAUCAUGCAAUCGGCAAAGAAGAGACAAUCUUCGAUAGAUCCAUCCCAAGUAGCUUCAUACACCGACCAUAAUUCCUACCUAGUGUACAGUGGUGCACGUACUGUGGGUUAUUUAGAUAUGGUCACAUCCAAUACCAUUACAACCUUUUGGGACUACCUAACAGAGAUAGGUAAUUUUCUCUGGAGAGCUUUUGUUGUUGCCAUGUCUUAUGUUUGGAUAAUGGCCAUCUCUCUUUACUUUCACCAUGCCGGUCAUUUAACAGAUCCCGACCAUUCCAUUUGUAACAUGACCUUGGGCGAUUUUUUUAAAACAUAUAAAUUUCACCCGUUUUUUGUUCAUGAGAUAUUUGUGCCUUUGUUUGCUGCUGUAUGUACAAAUUCAUAUGAUUCCAUGCUAAAGUAUCCAGCCUCUGAUAUUCUCGAGUACAUGGCAGUUGGUUUAUUCCAGGAAUCUUACAUUGUUGCGUGCGGCGUGCAACGUGUGGUACAAACCAUAUCUGCUCCGCUCAAGCACGUUCACCUGAACACACAAAUUAUGAGCAUUCAACCCAACAAAACAACAAAAUUUCGAUUGAUCGAUGAACAUGGUGAAAAUUACGAUGUCGAUCAUAUUAUUUUUGCAACUCAGGGAAACCAAGCUAUUUCCAUGCUACAAGCUUAUACCAAUGCUUUGAAAGAACAAUCAAAUUCACUUCAAGCGUACACAGAAUCAGUCCAAUCUGUUCAGCUUCAGAUGGACAUGCUCAAAAAAUUCCACUAUGAUUCCGCCCUCGUCAUCAAUCAUACUGACACCAGAUUGCUCCCUACUGACCCGAGUAACUGGAGGGCCCUGAAUUUGGCCAUCGUGGAUAAAUCGGUCGAUCCUGGAGAGAGCCAUUUAAUUGUACCCUUUCCUCAUGAUACUACCAUGGCAACCCACAUUUUAAACAUGACUCACAGCAGUAUCAGUAAAGGCAGUGUAUACAUGCAAACAACCAAUCCUUGUCUGGCUGUAGACCCAAAGAAAAUCCUGUCUGUCACCUGGUUUGAGCGUGCCACAGUCACUUUACAAUCCAAACGAGCACUGCAAGACUUAUUUCAAACCACAAAGGACGAAUCAGAGCCUACCUUAGGUCCAUGUCAAGGCAAAAACGGUAUCUGGUUUGUAGGUUCUUAUUGUUGGAAAGGCAUCCCAUUACUAGAGGGUUGUGUUGCCAGUGCUGAAUCCGUAGUGACCAAAGGUAUUGCUGUCGCAGAGAAUAUCACUAUACAAUUACCCUAUUAGAAAUAUACAUCUUUUUUUUUUCUUUUGUACAUAUAUUAAAACUUUUUUUAAAUGGAGCUGU